AAUAGAGAUGCUUUUGUGGUUUUAUUGUUUAUCAAAUUACAAAGAAAGAAAAUGAAACUAUUCCAAAAGUGGAAGUAAUUUCUUACUGCCUACGUGUUAAGUUUAUGGUCAUUGGCUAUGGCAACCUUUAUAAUAAAUAGAUGCUCUGAAACCCCAUCAAACUGAAAAGGACCAAAGGAGAAGACUGCAAGGAUGGCACAUAAUGAAACAGUUUUUAUGGGAAGUUCUCAGGAAAUUUUUGAAAAAUACCAUAUAGAUGAAGAGGUGGGCUUCGCUCUGCCAAAACCACUGGAGGAGCUACCUCCACCUUAUGAUGAAUGGAUUUCCAUCGCUAAGAAUCUACCGGAACUGAUUGAAAAAAAUGAACUACGGGAAAGAGUUGACCAGGUCCUGACAAAGAAUAUUGCUGUUCCUUACUGUGAACUCUCUGAGAAGCUGGGUCUGCCUCCUAUUCUGGUUUAUGCAGACUGUGUCUUGGCAAACUGGAAGAAAAAGGAUCCCAAUGGGCCCAUGACUUAUGAGAACAUGGAUGUUCUGUUUUGGUUUCCUGGUGGAGACUGCUGUAAAGGAUUUUUCCUGGUUUCACUAUUGGUGGAGAUAGCAGCUGCUUCUGCAAUCAAAGUAAUUCCCGAUUUAUUCAAGGCAGUUAAAAACGAGGACCAGAGUGCUUUGCAAAAAGCACUGCGUUAUAUAGCUUCUUCUCUGCAGCAAGCCUAUAAAGAGUUUGAAAAAAUUCAUGAACAUGUGGACCCGAACACAUUUUACAAUGUUCUUCGCAUAUACUUGUCUGGGUGGAAAAACAGCUCCAAACUGCCAAAGGGUCUGAAGUAUGAAGGUUUCUGGGACACUCCAAGGAAGUAUGCAGGGGGCAGUGCUGCCCAAAGCAGCAUCUUUCAGUGCUUUGAUGUUCUGCUGGGCAUCCAGCAACAAUCUGGUGAAGAAUCUGCUGCCAGAUUCCUCCAGGAAAUGCGAAAAUAUAUGCCACCAGCUCACCGGAAAUUUCUUCUCUCAUUAGAGUCAGGCCCCUCAGUCCGUGAAUUUGUUCUUUCAAAAGGUGAUACUGAGCUGCAGGCAGAUUACAAUGAGUGCGUGAAAGCUAUGGUUUCCCUGAGAAACUAUCACCUACAAAUAGUAACUAAGUACAUUGUGAUUCCUUCAUGCCAGCAAGAAAAUAAAGGAACUGGAGGCACUGACGUCAUGACUUUCCUGAAGAGUGUGAGAGAUACUACUAAGAAGUUCCUGCCGAGAGAUAAUUAA